AUGCCAGAUCCACUAUGUAAAGACAUACACAAAGUAGAUCACCCGAAUGAAACUCUUAAGAAGAUUCGAAGAUAUAGAAUGACCGAAGACUUUUCACAGUUAGUUGGCAUGGAUGUACCGCUUGAAAUAGAAAACAUUCGGCAGGGUCUGCUUCAUGGCUCGACAGACUCAUUUCUUGAGCUAGCAGAGUACAUGUGGAUGGAGCUAGCCAGAGAUAACUCUGUUCUCAGAGGGCCCUUCAGGACUUUUAUAGAAAAGAACAAGCUUAUACGGCUAAUCCCACCCACACCGCUAAUUUCCAUCGUAUUCCUCUUUUCAGGGGAAGAAACUCUGAAAGAGUGGUGCAUUAUAAAUGUGUGUGAGUUAUACAAUACGCCAAACUAUUUGAGUGGAAUGGUCACAGGAGGAACUUUUUUUUAUAAAAUACACAAGGAAAUAGUGCAGGAGACAUCCAGGCAUAAAGAGAGAAACUUUCUGAAGUCUCUUUUUAUUUUUGCUGUCUUAGGCGGGUCAUUAAUCCACCCGCACUAUGCCCUUUUUGAGGAAAGACUCAACAGCCUGUCCGGUGAAAUUUCCAUAAAAUUUAACAUAUACAAGGUGCUGGUUGCAGGAGAGGUGAGUAUAACUGGCGAGGUAAAGAGAAGCAACAAAGUUGCUCUAGACCUUAUAACAAAGCUGCUGUAUGAGAUAACAAACAUGCAGCUGCAUCUAUUUCUGGCGAAAAACAGGCAGGAAACAUCUGACAUAAAAAUGAUGCUUCUGUUUACCACGUGGGAGAUGCUUGAGCUAGGCAUAAAAAUAGAUAUUUGCAAGCACUUGAAGCUCUCCAUAUUGAAAAGCGGGCUUUUAUCAAAUAAUGGCACAAUUAGGAAAAGACUGUAUGCCUCGGUAGUGGAAAUGUACAUGUACAAGGGGGUUUCCCUUCUGGAUCUAUUUAGAUAUGGGCUGCUGGAGUAUGUUUUGGCACAGGCAGAAUACAAAGUGUCUACAAAUCUGCAGACUCCGUACAAUGCUAUGAUUCGAUCGCUGGUGAUUGACACGGUUGCUCUGAUAAAUACGUAUAAGAUAAGAACCCAGGAGAUUUCGCCUGGGAAAAUUGAAAAAAUCGUUAGAGCUGAUUACAUGGACUUAGGUGCAGAGGAAACAGAAGCCAUUAUAAUCUGCAGCUGCAAGCUGUGGAGAGACAGGAUGUCAGUGCAUUCUGACUAUACAGUUUCGGCAUUUGUCCACCUGCUGUUUUUCCAUCUAAACACAAGGAUCACAACAAAGUAUAGCAAGAAUACAGCUAUAAUGAGUGAGUUCAUGGAGAGUCUAACCAUGACGGUUGGCAGCAGGCUGGGCCGUCUGGAUAGAUCUGCCGCAGACGAAAGAGACCGCGUUAUCAUUGCGGCCGUGCUUAAUAAGAAGUACUCGGACCACACGGAGCCAGUGAAAAUUGAAAUUCUUCUUGAUCUAAUCAAAGAAUGCACAUGCUUUUACGAGUGCACAGGAAACAUUCCAGAGGGAAUGGAGGGUCUUUGCGGAGUUAUUGAGAAAUAUAUCAAUAGCUACAUCACAAACAGAGUGAGCAAGAAAGACACAGAGUAUAAGUUCUCUGCAGUAGAAAACAGUCCUCAGACAGACGAGAAUAUAUCUGAGGAGUGCAAUAUUCUUAACAUGCUGUAUGAGAUGGUGCAGAUGCCCAUUAUAGACCCGGUUUUGUCCCAGAUUAACUAUAUUGUGCUGCACCUGGAUACAAUUACUAGUGACACAACAGAGAUUGAUUUUACAUGGAUUCGCAAGCUAAAUCUGAAGAGAUCAUUGAAAAUCAAUCUGAAAAUGACUUUUCUGAAAAACUUGUUUGACAAGUACUUGCUGCUAGCACGCGACAACAAGCUAAUUAUCAAAUCAGUGAUGAAUGACAUUCAGAGAAUUCAGAAGGAAAACAACCUAAAGGAGGAUGAGGCAAUGAAAAGGCUUUUUAAAAGGGCUGAAAGGAUACUCGAAAAGAAAAAAGAGCAUACAGUGGAGAGCACCACGAAAGACAUACUCUUUAUUCCGCAGACGCAAAAUAUCACUACAUGGCAGAAGCCAAUUAACAAAGUGAGACAAGAGAUUCAGACAAACAGAGACUUUAUUCUUUCACUCCUCCGGAACGAAGAGCCUUCAAAUUAUCUUCCAGUAAAGCCUACAUAUAGCACGUUCUUGGAGUACUUUACAACAUACUCGCCGCUUGUGAUAAAAGAGUCAAUUGCUUCUAUCCAGGCAAACAUUGCAGCAGAUAACAUUGGGAGAAAAGCCAUCGAUGGACUUAUUGUUGGAAAACACGAUGAAGCCAGAACUACGACCCUCACUGUCUACACCAGGAAUAAGCACGCGCUUUUCAUAAAUGAUAUUGUAACGAUAUUCAAUAAGAAUGAUGGGCAGGACACACAAAGUUGUACGGGCCUGGUGAUUUAUGAAAAAGAAGGACAGUAUGAUAUAAUGGUGUGCACAAAAACACUGGAGAUGCAGGGCAGAUAUUAUAAAAUAAGCAUUCAGCCUCUUAUAAAUAUCACGCCCAGCAUGCGGGAAUAUGAUGGCCUGAUCAGGCUGCAGCAGCUGCAUCUUCGGCAUAAAAUGCUCAAUCCCGCCAAGUGCGAUGAGAAAGAAUCGUCUACAGCAGAGGGUCUUUCGCUUUCCCAGAUGCAUGCACUGGGGCGCACUGGCACCUCGCCAAAUAUACUCAGUGCACCAUGCGCUAGAAUGCUUUCUGCAGGGCAUCCUUUGGUCUCUGCCUUUUAUGAUCAACUGAACAAAAGUCAGCAGGUGGCUGUAAGCACUGCCCUGAAGAAGAAUAUAACUCUGAUUCAGGGGCCUCCUGGAACGGGAAAGACAAAGACUGUUUCCAGCAUGAUUGCAUACUUCCUUCUGCAGAACUGCAGGGUUCUUGUGUGCGCUCCCAGUAAUGCUGCAGUGGACAUGCUUGUAGAGAGUGGGUCAAUAUGGAAAACCAUUCCAGACUGCAAGUGGAUACGCAUAAGCAUAAGUGGAAACAGAAUAUGUGAUGAAGGAGAUGAGGCAGUAGUAAAUAAAGGUGAACUGAUGGAAAACCUUCAGAACAGCCCUUCUUUGGUCCAGAGCAUUAACGUGCAGACCACUCCAAGCAACUAUUCUACAGACCCGAAGAAUAAGCUGAAGACAGAAAAAACUAGAGAAAGUGAACACACCAGUCCAAAUGUAUCAUACACCAGUGCUUCAAAUGAUAAAUUUGCGUCAGUUAGGGAACCCUCUAGGAAGGAAAAUAAGGAUGAGAUAAACCGUGCACAACUGGUAUUUUGCACUCUCUCCAUGGCUGGAUCAUCUGUUUUCAAUCAGUCUCCUUUUGAUGUUUUAAUAAUUGAUGAAGCUUGCCAGGCCACAGAACCCAGCACUCUUAUUCCACUUAGAACAGCCCCUACCCGGAUAAUUCUUGUCGGUGACCCAAUGCAGCUGCCCCCAACAAUUAUUUCUCAGUCAAAGGACCUUUCAGUCACACUUUUCGAGAGGCUCUCAGAAUCAAUCACUCCCAUCCUUCUGGACACUCAGUACAGAAUGAACUCUAUCAUUUCUAAGUUUGUAAGCAUGCAGUUCUAUGAAAACAGAUUGAGGGAUGGUGUGUCUCUUGAGUCUGAGCUUCCCUUUGCGUUUAUAGAUGCAUCUGGAACAGAAGAGACUGAAGGAAAAGACAUUUUUAACAGAAAAGAGAUUAAUGUGAUUCUGCAGUUCUCUUCUAUGGCUGCAAAGGCAUAUGACACAGUGGGAAUAAUCAGUCCAUACAAAGGACAGGUUGGCCAGCUGAAGAAAGUCAUCAAAGGAAUGGAUAUCUCCACCGUUGAUGGGUUCCAGGGCCAAGAGAAAGACUGCAUUAUUAUCUCCACUGUACGUAGCAAGAAAAUAGGAUUCUUGAAUGACAUUCGCAGAAUGAAUGUAGCUCUUACACGUGCGCGGUACACAGUAAUAAUAGUCGGCAGCAUGUCUCUGUUACAGCAGGAUCCAACAUGGAAAUCACUUAUUAAAUAUGUCCAAGAGAACAACUUUGUAUACAAAGCAGGAGAGGUGUACUCUAUUCUUAAAUCGAUAAAAGAUAAAAAGAAUCCGCAGGCCCAUCAGUAA